GGGGGGCGGAGGUACGAGUGGUGGCCGCGUCAGCCCAGUGAAUCGAUGGGAUGAUGUGCUGUCCGGUCGCGGCCGAAGGGUGCCGCCGUUGCGCUCGUGCCGCGUGCUGCCGGCGCGGUCAUGAGUGAGGCCGAGGCUGCUGAUGCGGGUCGCGUGAACGGAGUUGGCCGCCACUUCUCGAUGGGGGGAGAGGUGGCGCAGGACGAGCGGCCCGCGCAGAAGCCGCUCCGCAAGACCAAGUCCGUGUCGUUCCACAGUGCAACAUGUUUGAGGAGCGAGCGCAAGGUGUCCAGCGUGCAAGAGUGCCUGCAGCGAAUGGUGGCAGGCAGCACGCUGAUCAAGAUCAGACCCAACCUGCGCCAGUACCACCGCUUCUUCAGCGUCACUGAAGACCUGGCCGCGGUACGCUGGGUCCCCUCGAAGAAGUCCAACAAAGCCCAAGUGCCCAUCGACUCCAUUAAAGAGAUUCGCACUGGCAAGAACACGCCGAUAUUUCGGAACAAGGAGUUCAGUGGGGCUUACUGUGAAGAAUGUGCCUUCUCGAUCAUUUAUGGUGAAGACUACGAGUCCCUCGAUCUGGUGGCCACGUCUCCGGAUGAGGCCAACAUCUGGAUCACCGGGCUGAACGCCCUCAUAGCACCGGACGGCAUGGACGGCAAGGCGGCGGUGCGCGAGCGGUGGCUGGGCGAGAUGUUCGCACGCGCCGCCGGCGACACGCUGGGCCUGCUGGACGAGCGGGCCGCCAUCGAGCUGAUGCGUCGACUGAACUCACAGAUCACUACCGGCAGGAUCAAACAGAAGCUGGCGGCAACCGAACCUCUGCCACCGCCGCUGGAGAUGGCGGCAGAACCUCUGCCACCGCUGCUGGUGAAGGUGGCCGAACCUCUACCACCGCUGCUGGUGAAGGUGGCCGAACCUCUGUCACCGUUGCUAGAGAUGACGGCCGACCUGUCACUGGCGGCAGACAGUAGACAGUAG